AUGCUCUUUGAGCUAUGCCAAAGGGACGGAAAGGAUGCUGACAUAAGAUGUGAUCGAAAUGGAAAGAGAAACAUGGCCAGUGUAUACGUCGAUGGAGAGUUACUAGCCUCUUCUUAUUCCGAGCAAAAAGAAAAUGCAACUUUUCAUGCAGACAAGGCUGCUGUUAAUAAGUUGCCGCGUACAACUAGUGAAAUAAAAUGGAUCAACUCAAUGAUGAUCUCAAUGUGGAAAAUGACGUUGAAGAAGCAAAACACAAGUUAUAUGACAGUCUGUGGCAAGAAGAAAUGGCCUAAUCCAGAGUACAUUGCUAGACCUUUGCCUUCAAAAAGUUUGAACAUGCAUUAUUUGCAACUUGACAGAGUUUUUGGCCGUGAUGAUGAAAAGAAGGAUGUAUUCUUUGUUAAAGUCGAAACUAAAGAAGGUGAAGAAGGUUCAGUUCUGAUAACGGGAAGUGCGAAGCCAAAACUAAGAGAUGCACAGAGCUAUGCAGCUACUAGAAUCAUUCGCAAGCUGCACGAAUUGAAUCUCACAUGA